GCCACCCCCAGGGUCUGGGAGCGGCGGAAUUAGCCGGCAGAGCAGGGAAAGGGGGUGGGUGGGUGCCCUCUGCCUCCGAUCCUGCAGAGCCCCGAGGCGGAGCAGCCGAUCUCUCCCUCCCUCCCUCCCCCUUCCCCCAGCCUCGGCAGAGCUUCCGUUUCUCUCCACUCUCCCCGCCGCCUCUCCCUGCUCCUCCCGGCCUCUUCCCGAUCCUCCCCAGCCAUGACCAUUCCGGUUUUCACCUCAUAAAGAUGGCGGUGUGGGAUCACUGCAACCUUUAGACUCAUGACUGUCAGAAACAUCGCCUCCAUUUGUAAUAUGGGCACCAAUGCCUCUGCUCUGGAAAAAGACAUUGGGCCAGAGCAAUUUCCAAUCAAUGAACACUACUUUGGACUGGUCAAUUUUGGAAACACGUGCUACUGUAACUCCGUCCUGCAAGCCCUGUAUUUUUGCCGGCCCUUUCGGGAAAAUGUGCUGUCCUACAAGGCCCAGCAGAAAAAGAAGGAAAACCUCCUGACUUGCCUUGCGGACCUUUUCCACAGUAUUGCCACGCAGAAGAAGAAAGUUGGAGUGAUUCCACCCAAAAAGUUCAUCUCGAGGUUACGAAAGGAGAAUGAUCUCUUUGACAACUACAUGCAACAAGAUGCCCAUGAAUUUUUAAACUACUUACUGAAUACCGUCGCCGACAUUCUGCAAGAGGAGAAGAAGCAGGAAAAGCAAAACGGCAAACUGAAAAACGGCAACAUGAACGAAGCGGAAGAGAACAACAAGCAAGAGCUCACCUGGGUGCAUGAGAUUUUUCAGGGAACGCUUACUAACGAAACGAGAUGCUUGAACUGUGAAACUGUUAGCAGCAAAGAUGAAGAUUUCCUCGAUCUCUCCGUUGAUGUGGAACAGAACACAUCAAUUACUCAUUGCUUAAGAGACUUCAGCAACACAGAAACAUUGUGCAGCGAACAAAAGUACUACUGUGAGACUUGCUGCAGCAAACAAGAGGCACAGAAAAGGAUGAGGGUUAAGAAGCUGCCAAUGAUCCUUGCAUUGCACCUGAAGAGAUUUAAAUACAUGGAGCAGUUGCAUCGGUAUACGAAGCUCUCUUACCGCGUGGUAUUUCCUCUUGAGCUGCGUCUCUUCAACACAUCCGGGGAUGCUAUCAACUUGGACCGCAUGUACGACUUGGUAGCUGUAGUAGUUCAUUGCGGCAGUGGACCUAAUCGUGGACAUUAUAUUACCAUUGUGAAAAGUCAUGGCUUUUGGCUAUUGUUUGAUGAUGACAUUGUAGAGAAAAUCGAUGCACAGGCUAUUGAAGAAUUUUAUGGCCUGACCUCUGAUAUAUCUAAAAAUUCAGAAUCUGGAUAUAUUUUAUUUUAUCAGUCGAGAGAGUGACUUGGGAAGACACUGACUUUUGCCACCCCGAGAGGAGAAACUGACCAACACUGUUAACUGACUUCCGUGUAGACUCAUCCAAUACAGUAUGACAGUGAUAAGCUCAUGCCGAAAUUGUGAACUAAGACUCUCCAUCUUUGACUGGAAGAUCUUUUUUCUUUAGUCUGAUUCUCAUUAACUACUGCAAGAACAAAUUUA